UGCUAUAAAAACGGCGGGCGAGUGGGCUCGUGCCGCUUUGCAGACGCUACUGCUUCUCGGAGUCUCCCGCUACUAACCAUGGUCAACCCCACCGUGUUCUUCGAUAUCGCCGUCGACGGCGAGCCCUUGGGCCGCGUCUCCUUUGAGCUGUUUGCAGACAAAGUUCCAAAGACAGCAGAAAACUUUCGUGUUCUGAGCACUGGAGAGAAAGGAUUUGGCUAUAAGGGUUCCUGCUUUCACAGAAUUAUUCCAGGGUUUAUGUGCCAGGGUGGUGACUUCACACGCCAUAAUGGCACUGGUGGCAAGUCUAUCUACGGGGAGAAAUUUGAUGAUGAGAACUUCAUCCUGAAGCAUACAGGUCCUGGCAUCUUGUCCAUGGCAAAUGCUGGACCCAACACAAACGGUUCCCAGUUUUUCAUCUGCACUGCCAAGACUGAGUGGUUGGAUGGCAAGCAUGUGGUCUUUGGCAAGGUGAAAGAAGGGAUGAAUAUUGUGGAAGCCAUGGAGCGCUUUGGGUCCAGGAAUGGCAAGACCAGCAAGAAGAUCACCAUUGCUGACUGUGGACAACUCUAAUAAGUUUGACUUAAAUGUUUUAUCUUAACCACCAGACCAUUCCUUCUGUAGCUCAGGAGAGCACCCCUCUACCCCAUUUGCUCGCAAUAUCCUGUAAUCUUUGUGCUCUUGCUGCAGUUCUUUGGGUUCCAUAUUUUCCUUAUUCCCCUCUACAUCUAGCUGGAUUGCAGAGUUAAGUUUAUGAUUAUGAAAUAAAAGCUAAGUAACAA